AAACCAGCUGCGGCAGCAGCCGACAACUUCAGCCAUCUCUCUCACUCCAGCCACCCUGCGGCCUGCAACGAACAUUGUCCUGCAUCCACGUAGUAGCUGAGCUCAUGGUGCAGAUACCAGCGAUGACGAAGAGGGGGAAUGGGCGGGCCCCGCUGUCAGUGGUGGUGGCGAUCAUCGGCGGGCUGGCUCUGGCGGGCAUCAUCUUCACCGACGACCUCCGCUCGCUCACUGAGAUCAUGGAGAAGAAGGAGGACAAACAGAAGGAGCAGAAGCGGACGUCUCUACCGGCCGGGACGAGAAUGAUGUUGACGAGGCCGGUCGAGAAGGUGACGCCGCCGCCGCCGGUCGAGAAGGUGACGCCGGCGGCUGCGGCGGCGAAGGGGGCGUUCGACCCGAGCCGGUGCAGCGUGACGGAGGGAUACUGGGCGUACAACAGGUCCAAGAAGCUGCAUUACACGGACCAGACGUGUCCGUUCAUCGACAGGCAGGUCUCGUGCCAGAGGAACGGCAGGCCGGACAGUGACUACCUCUACUGGGAUUGGCAUCUCGACGACUGCAACCUACCAAGGUUCGACCCGGCGGCGUUGCUGGAGAAGCUGCGGGGGAAGCGGAUGAUGUUCGUGGGCGACUCGCUGCAGAUGGGGCAGUGGCUCUCCUUCGUGUGCCUCGUCAACUCCGCCGUGCCCUACACCGCCAGGACCAUGGAGCGCAGCACCACCCUCUCCGUCUUCACAGCCACGGAGUACAACGCGACGAUCGAGUUCUACUGGCCGCCGUACCUGGUGGAGGCCAACUCCGACCGCAACAUCCGGCUGGGCGCCGAUGGCCGGGUGCUGCACGUCGACGCCGUCGAGCUGCACGCCAAGCACUGGAAGGGCGCCGACAUCCUCGUCUUCGACAGCUACGUCUGGUGGAUGAGCGGGAGCAGGAUCAAGACGGUGUGGGGCGCGUUUGGAGACGACGGGUACGAGGAGCUGGACGCCUGGGUGGCGUUCCGGCUGGGCCUCAAGACAUGGGCCAACUGGGUCGACGCCAACAUCGAUCCCAACGCCACCAGGGUCUUCUUCAUGUCCAUCUCCACCACGCACAUGAGGAGCGAGGACUGGGGCCGUGAGGGCGGCAUCCGUUGCUACAACGAGACGUGGCCCAUCACGCGGAAGGGCUACUGGGGCAGCGGCGCCGACCGCCGGAUGAUGGAGGUGGUGUCCGACGUGCUGGGCCGGAUGCGGGUGCCCGUCGCGCUGCUCAACGUCACGCAGCUCACGGAGCACCGCGUCGACGCCCACGUCUCCGUCUACACCGAGACCGGCGGCGAGCUGCUCACCGACGCGCAGAGGGCCGACCCGCAGACCUACACCGAUUGCAUCCACUGGUGCCUGCCCGGCGUGCCGGACACGUGGAACCAGAUCCUCUACGCGCACCUGUAGCCGGCCUUUACCCUUGUAGCUCACUCGUAAGUCGAUCGUAACACCAAGAACGAAAUUAAGUCAGUGACAGAGACAUUAAGUAAGGAAAAUGCUUACUUUUAGAUU